AUGAAGCACCGGAUGGUUACAGCAGUGCUGGUGGCACUGGUUCAGGUUUCACAGAGUUUUCCUGCCUUGUACCACCGAGGCUGGUGGAGGCUGCUGAGGGAAGGAGAUAGUUGUGGAAAAUGUGAUUUGACACUCUGCUCUGAGCCCAAGGACUGUCCAGCAGGGACUGUGCUGGAUCGCUGCAGCUGCUGCCUGGAAUGUGGGAACGUGGAAGGGCAGAUCUGCGACUUGGACCAGGGCAAUCAUUUCUAUGGGCACUGCGGGGAUCACCUCGAGUGCAGGUUGGAUGCUGAUGAAGCAAGCUUUGGGGAAGUCCCUGAACCCCAGUGCGUGUGCAAAUCUCAAGAGAGCAUCUGUGGACCUGACGGGAAAACCUACGAAAACAUCUGUCAGUUCAACAAGGCUUACGCUGUGAAAAGAAACAUCAGCAUGAAGCAUAAAGGGCCAUGUGAAUCAGCUCCUGUGAUUUCUCUGCCACCUCAAGAUGCCCAGAAUUACACUGGCAAUGAUGUAAUUUUUGGCUGUGAGGUGUCAGCCUAUCCUAUGCCACAGCUUGAAUGGAAAAAAAAGGGGAAUAAAAUGUUUCUGCCAGGAGAUGACACCCACAUCUCAGUUCAGGCAAGAGGUGGGCCUCAGAAGUAUGGUGUGACAGGAUGGCUGCAGAUUCAAGGCCUCAAAAAAUCAGAUGAAGGCAUUUAUAUCUGCCACACCAAGAAUAAACAUGGUGUAAUGUACGCCUCUGCAAGACUGAAAGUCAUUGAGGACCCAUCUCCUGCAUUUGCAUUUACUGCUGGCAGUAGAAGCACGAGCUACAGCAUUGAAUACGAGGAGUAUUAUGACAAUUCUGAUGCGGAAGAUGAUGAAGAAUAUGAAUCCGGGGACUACGAUCAUGAAAACAACUCUGGAUAA